AUGGCCAGCGCGCUCGCGAAUCAACUACAGCAACUUCGCGAAGCUGGUGGAGGGAGCAAGCGCCGUACUGACACCUUUUUAUACGAACAGCGUGAAGCAGCGCGUCUGGACGACGAGACGGUGUAUAAUCUAGCAUGGAAUGGCUUACUAGAGCUCAAGCAGUUAGACGCACGCUUCGAAGAAUUGGAUGCGGACACACACGUAGCGAAACUUUUUAGUCGUCAACGCAUCCAUUUUCACCGCUCCCUUAUCACCGAAAAAGACGCUAAGGAGCUCAAUACCGCGCUGGAUAAGGUGCUAGAUGCACUUAGCUCUUACUUUUUAUUAGGCGCCACACACAAGCGUAUCACGAGUCAUCUUGGUUUGUACGCAUGGUGCGAAUCCUGCACAUUCGCAAUACACGUUCGAUUGGGCGCGAGUCAUGCAAAGCUGACGUCACUUUACACACUCGUAGUGCUGCAGAUUCUCGAACACAGCAAAGUGAGCGAUCCCAUGCUGCGUUGGUUGAUUCCACAGCUGUUAACAGCGCUUAAAAGCACCCAGUUCCCGGAGUUACAGUCCUCAGCUUGCAUGAUUGUGACUAAGCUAGCUGCCAAGGCCACGUUAACGGGCAAAGUGGUGGAUGCACUAGUGAAAAGUCUGUUAAAACACGCACAGUCGGGUGCGCAGCUUAACGCGUUGCUGUGUGCCAUUUUUCUGGCACAGACGCAGCCAUCGUUCCAUAUAUCCACCAGAGCUGGCAAGCAUUUAGUGCACAUGGAUAACUUCGUGGAUUACUUGCGUCAUGCGACUUCCAAGUACGACUCGGCCAAAUUUAUUCGAUUAUUAACCGUUUUCUUGACGCAACAGAUGAACUCUACGCAUGAUGGUUACUUUAAUUUGCUGACAGCAUUAAUUGAGAGUGUUUCGAUUGUGGAUGAACUCACAGAUUUGUUGGUGCAGACAUUGAUACAGCAAGCUAAAGACGAAGCAUUUGCAACGGACAAUGCGCGGGUGCAGGCAAUUUCGCAGACGCUUGUAGCCCUUUGUAAGAAGAACGCGUCUAAAGUGGACGCGGCCAUCAGCAUUAUGCUGUCUGAGCAGGCAAAAAAAUCGAAAAUUGACAAGGAUUUGAACAAAUUUAUCAGCAAAACGUUUGGGAGCGUUGCCAAUUCCGCACAUUUUGUGCCUUCGACUUCAGAUUCAAGCACAUCACUAGCUCUCGCAUUGGAUCAUCCAACGGAACACAUUCGUUAUCAGGCGUUGGUCUCGUUAGCGGAGAUGAAUGAUGUGAGUGUCGGGUCUUCUACUGGCAACAAUCAGGUCCUCACUUGUGAGGAUAUUCUGGUGCGUCGGCUUUUAGAUGAUAGCAAACGCAUUGCGAGAUUUGUGGUAUCCAGUUCACUUGGUGAUCUACUACUCAACUUAAGUAUAAAACAGAAAGUUUUGGUUGCCGCUGUGCAGGCAAUACGCAAGUGGAUUUCUCGCGGUGAUGCGCUUAUGGUUGAAGCAAUCGUUGACUUUGCGUUGAAGACUUAUCGCAGUGGAGACAAUUUACUCGAGAUUGAUGAAAAUAUGCUGACGUUUUUUGUUUCUCUUGUUGAAGAAGAGAAGAGCGUUGUGUCGGUCAAGACUGUGUGGUCCUGGAUAACUGCUUUAGAUCACACUUUAGUAGCAAGCGGGUCUAGAGUGGAAGUAGACACGAUUGCCGAUGUGGUCAAAAUUCUUGGUCACAAUUUAGCAGCUAAUCUGCCUACUUUACUGCCUUUUUGUGCGCGAUGGACUCAGACGUCCGAUUUCAAUGAUAAAUGUCUUUCGGGCUUUUUGUUCAAGGUCCUUUCUGCUGCUCGAAUUGAUUUGACAACGAGGAAGGCAAAAUCUAAGAAAAUAAAGGAGCAGCAGCUCGCAUUAGAUCGUUUUUUCUUGCAAUUUCUCAAGAAAGAAUUUGCAAUGUCAUGCGAAGAUGAAGUAUCUAAAGAUCAAGUUCUGCACGCUAGUGUUGUUGCUACGAAGCUGACUGAGGUUGCUUACGAUACGUUUCGUUUUUCUCGCGACGAGUUUGAUGAAUGCGUUGCUUUAUUGCUACAGUCUCCUAUCCCUAUAUUUAUCCGCAACCAAAAGUGCUUAUUAGAGCUGUUUCAUACUGACUUAGAGACACAACUGUUACCGACAAUGGCUCGUAUUGUCACAAAAUUCGAACCUGCAUCUGACAUAUUAACCAAUUUGGCGAAAACGCGAUCUCUGGACAUUAUAUCUGCGGUUCUGGAAGGCUUUACUUACACAGAAACUGAUGAAGAACUUUAUCAACUUGUCCAAAUUGUCCCAGUUGUUAUUGCUACACUAGCUGACCCUAGCAAGGUUGUGCGUCAGUCUGCUGUGACUUGUCUGGAUCGGUGGGUUGUAUCGUGUGGAAGUGCUGUGAAAAAUUCUAACUCUUCUGCUCUGAACACUCUUCAGAAGGCCUCUGAGUUUUUUCUUCUGGCUAAGCAAGAUAUUUUAAUGGACGCCCACUCUCUAGCGUCAUUAUGUGGCUCAUACAUUGCUCAAGAAGACAGUAUGUCUUUCAACCAGCUUCUAAUGAAUUUCGUGACAUCUGCAAGUGGUGGUGAAAUGUGCAUCGUAGUGAAGCUUCUUGAACUUUUAGCACCAGUAAAGAAAACCUCAUUCUGGCUGCGAUCAGUGAACUUUUUUCACCAGACUGUUGCUGAAGUGUUAGCAUCAGGGACUGAUACUGCUUCUGAAAUGUUGCUGGUAGAUUUCCUUGGCCAUUAUUUGGACGCGGAUGUUGCCGUCGCCAAGACGGAGCAAGGAAAGGACACGGUCCCGAAAGAGUUCCUGGAUGCAGUGGUUGCUGUUCUGCGCACUGAUAAAGAAGCUGUUAUAAAUUUGCAAAAAUUACAGUUAUUUAUUGCAGGUAACUUGACAGCGCAAGUCUACUGCGCUUUCGACGAUGUGUCUCGUCAUGUUCUUGUCGACAGGCUGCUCAGCUUGCUGAUCGUAGCAGAGGAAGCUCUGGCUUCCAAACUCAUUUCAUGUCUCAACGCACUACCCAUUGGCUACAACGUUUUUGUGCGACUGCUAGAAGAGCAGCUCAUUCGUCAAAACGAGGACCGUACCGGGCUUAAUUGUGUUCUUGAAGUCUUGGCGAUCAAGGUCGAUAGUGUGUCAAGUUCCGAAAUAGCUGAUGCAGAUAUUAGCAAACUUCUUUCAACUUUAUGCGACGUACUCGCUGUGUAUUGCGAUGCAGAGCGGGAGAAAAUCGUCUCAGACUACAUUUUACAAGUUCUUUUUGGUUGCUUGCGUCGAGUCUGCGAGGUCACUGUCUCAUCCACAAUGUCAACUACUGAGAAUUUGGAUAAAGUGACGAAGUGUGCGGUAGCAGUCAAGCCCGAAUUUUUGGUCAAGCAUACCCUCACAUGCUUGAGUCGCACAACCUCCCCUCAGACGCGUAAUGAAGCCUUACUUUUCAUCAGCUCGCUAGUUGAUUUGCAUCCAGUGAGUGUCCUCACGUCGCUCAACGAGAUUCUGAGAUUUGUCAGUCAUAGCUUGAUUCUUCAAGAGGAUGAGUAUUCCUUUCAUAUACUUGAGACGAUUAUAAAAGCGGUGGUACCACACAUUGUUGCUGCGAAACGCCACGAUUCAUCGGCGCUGAUCACUCCUCAGCAGUUUAUUGCCAUGUUUGUGAUUGCGUUUCAUCAGAUACCUAAAAGCAAGCGAGAGGCAUUGUUUGUCAUUGUGGUAAAAGCUCUUGGAAGUGAUUUUUUGGCAUACUGCACGGUGGCGCUGCUGCAAAGUGCCGCUUUGGAUGAGGAUACGGACUUACAGCGCGAAUGGAUACAAUUUGCACAUAUUUUAUGCUUUUAUUUUACUUGUGUUGAGCAAGUAUCGUCGCUAGUGAUGAUAGUCCGUAUGAUUCGUGACUUACUUCCUCACGUCACAGAAGAAGCUGAUACAGAUACGGACGAAUUGGAUGAAGAUGAAGACGAUGUGGUGUACGAAGACUUUAUUCUCGAUGAUCGGUUAGUAAAGUCACCUUUACUUUGUCGGAGAUUGAAUACAAUCCUUGUAAAGUUUGUGGCUGCACAUUUACGUGCUCGUGAGUUGCACCACAAGAUUUUAAAUUAUGAGAAAAAGCGAGAUCAGUCGGUUGAUGACGUGGAUGACAAUAUGCUGCAGCAGAAUUAUCUAAUGCUCGCUCAGCUCGACUUGCUUUAUUUCCGUCGUGUCGCUAAAGAGCAGUCUCUUCACGACGACGUAAGCGGUUUCUGGACCUCUCUUGCUUCUGACUCCAUGGAGAUGUUAGGGGCUCUGCAGCAGCUUCUUUCGACACCUGGAUUCGUCGCCGUCAUCACUGAGCUGUUGCACCAUGAUAAUAGCCUUGUGCGAAAGAAGGCGAUGCAGCUUUUUAACGAGCGUUUACAGGAGGAACACACUUCCCUUUCGUCUGGCGAAGUUUUACUGUUUAUUGACAUGCUGGAUGAACUUGAUACUAUCCUUCAGAACUCUGAGAACUGCGAGAAUAGUGUGAAUAUCCAGACUGCUCUUCUUAGUGUCGAUAUCUUGGCCCGAAAUUUCGCUUCAAGACAUAUCAAACGCUUUCAGCAGAUCCUCCCGACGAUUGUGAAGUACGUUGAUCAAAAUGUCAACAAUGCGCCACCUAUGACGUUACACCUGUUUGGUUGUGCGUUCGUGUGUCUGUCCUCGAUAUGUCGUGCUAUUGGUCCUGUGAUAUUGCCGCUCUUGCCGAAAUUCUUCCCAAGACUACUAAGUGGAAUUGACUAUUGUACAGCGUCCCAUAGUAUUGAUGGUACUAAGUCGGUGUUGCAAUGUCUGUUGAUCGCGCUAGAGAUCUUCACGGACAAGAUUUAUCAAUUUUUGGGACCGUACCUUCCUGCCGUCAUUCGCGCGCUUCUAACUCCAUCGUUGCUAUCUACUUCUCCAGCAAAUGCAGCAGUCUUGAUGUUAGUCGAUUCCUGUUUUGUUAACUUGUGCAAUCACGUUGAAUUACGGCAGCUUCUCUCCACACUAUUUGGGGCAUACGAGCACGUGCUGACGCUGGAAAACGAUACAAGUGUGACUCGCUUGUUUUCAGUUGUAGGGACCGUCGUGAACAAAUUGAACUUAUCGGUCAUUCGAAAGCACUUGCCGUCUUUUGCUCGCUUUUUUGUCACAGCAUUGGACGCUCGUCGUGUGCACGCUUCCAAGCUGAAAGACCUUGACAGGGUGGAGGAAGAGAUGCUAGAUUGUUUCGUACAAUUUAUUCUUAAAUUAAGUGAAAAGCAACUUAAACCGCUGUUUCUGAAGCUUGUUGAGUGGGCGCAGACUCGCAUUGGCUCUUCAAGAAAAGAAAGCAACAAGUUGCGCUGGAUUUCAUUUUUCAAGCUAGUUUCGAAGCUGUCCGAGCGUUUACGUGGCAUUUUUGUUCCAUACUACGCACACUUUCUGGAAUUCAGUACUUUAGGGCUGGUCGAAAGUCGUAAGGUCUUGCUGCAAAAGCCGCCACUGUCAGCAGAGGAUGGUGACAGCGACGAUGACGAUUUUUUCGUUAAUGAAGACGACUUGCCGGCUAAAAAAAGAAAGUUGGAUUCGUCAAUAGCAACCAAUGCGACAACUGACCGCGAACAGAAUUUAUUGCUGUUGACUACUAUUGUGCGUGCGUUGGAUGGUUGCUUUAUGCAUGAUAAUGAUGGAUUUAUCGAAAAGGAACAAUUUGACAUGGUUUUGACGCCAUUGGUGGACGUGCUUGACAUACUGCAGCAUGACUCCACGAUGCGCCAGUUCAUAUUAGACGUUGUUGCGCCGUGUCUGGCUAAUCUGGCAUGGGCUGCAAGAAGCGACUUGUUGUGGAAGCCACUGCACUACGCGGUGCUAAUGAAGUCACGUGGUAACAGCGCUCUUGUGCGUCUUGCGGCUCUAGUGACAGUGGAAAAAUGCUACCAAGUAAUUGGCGACGAGUUUCUUGCUAUGCUUCCUGAAAGUAUUCCUUUCUUGGCUGAGCUGAUGGAAGACACGAAUGAAGAGGUUGAAAGGACGUGUCAUCGCGUGAUCAAGCAAAUUGAGGACAUUUCCGGCGAGUCAUUGGACCAAUAUCUCACGACGUAG